AUCAAACUUAUCAUCAUAUUUAAUUAUUUUCAUGUGAUCCAAUCCCCAUCCUCCACACCUGCAUAAGGACUAGUCCUAUACCAUUAUACGCCAACGUACCACUCUAUAGGCUGACCAGCAGACAAAUUGUCUCUCCAACUAAGCUAUAACCAACCGCAAUGGCAGCAGUAGCAAGCGGGCAAGAAACAACAGCAGCUUCUCAGCAGGCGCCGACAUCCCCCCCGCUGCCGGCGAGACACACGGCGCUGACUCCGGGGCCGCGGGCGUCGCGGUUCCAACAGGUGCUGGACUCGAGCUUGUCGCACACGCUGUCCAAGAUCAGCUGGGACAACUUUGCAGCAUGCUACCCGACCAUCGCCGCGCAGGCGCCUGCCGUGCUGCGCGCCGUCCAGAAGCAGAUGGUGGACCGCUUGGGUGCGCUGUGCAAGAAAGAAUUCGAUUCCGUGCUGCAGGGCCGCAACGUGGUGGCCAAGCUUAACGAGCUCGAGAGCCUGGUUAGCGAGGCCGAGCGCAGGAGGGAUGACGCCGGCGUGGUUGGGUCGGAGGCGCCUGUUCCACCGCAUAUGCUACCUCCGGACCAGAUUCUAGCAGCACAUCUAGCGCCGCAUCUGGCGCAGCAACAAUCGCAACUUAACGCAAAAUUGCAAACAGUACAAGCGCAUAACGCAAAGCUGUUCAGCGAUAUCCAAAAGCAGCGCGCCGAGAUGCAGUCUCUCAUGGCGCUCUUACAGAAGGUCUUCGAGGACAUCGACGGUGCUAACAGCCAGAUGGAUGAUGUUGUGGAUGACCUUGCCAAAGAGACGAGGACGGUGGAAUCCGAGAUGGCCGAGCCGUGAAAAGCAUUACUAUUCACCCGUAAAUUUUUAUUAAUUCUAGUGUUGGUACGGAAUACAGGCUCUUACAUUCCGAGUCUACAAGUCCUGAGGGAUGGGAAGAUGAUGCAUAGACAUGGUGUUCCGGCGUAUAGGGCGACUGGUUUAUACCGGCUCGAAUCAACUUGAUCUUUGGGUCCUUCAUACAUAAUCGCUAUAUGUACAUAAGAUAUCAUUUUACAAUUAGUAGCAGCAAAUUCAGCAUACUUUUCAUAUUUGCGGA